AUGGCUAUCCAAGUAACGAUUGGCAUCCUUGCUUUGCAGGGAGCCUUUGCGGAGCAUCAGGCAGCAGUGCACCGCCUAUCUCUUACCAUUCGUCCAGUAGCCAUACUAGUCCGGACCCCCGAAGAAUUGGCCAUCUGCGAUGGCCUCAUUAUUCCUGGUGGAGAAUCAACCACCAUUGCGCUACUGGCACGCCUGUCGGGUCUUCUCGAUCCGCUCAAGGAAUUCGUGAAAAUUAAACCUGUCUGGGGAACCUGCGCUGGCGCCAUUCUCCUAGCACAAUCUGUUAUUGGUGCGAAGAAGGGGGGACAGGAGUUGCUACAAGCAAUAUCGAUAUCGAUUGCCCGAAAUGGCUGGGGGUCACAAGUAGAAUCUUUCGAAGUGCCGCUAAGUGUCGAGGGAAUGAAGGAUUCGGAAACGCCGUUUAUAGGUGUUUUUAUACGAGCUCCGGUUGUUCUCGAGCUUUCUAGUUCCCCCGAAGAUACACCAAUACAAGUUCUCGCUCGACUACCAGCCGAACUAUUGCCUCCAGCUCUUUCAGGUCUGGACGACUCCGAUCCAAAGACCAUCGUGGCCCUUCGACAAGGCCGCCACUUGCUUACGACCUUCCAUCCCGAGCUGACUCCCGACGAUCGUUUCCAUGAGUAUUUUGUUAGGCAUUGCGUGUUAAGCACCAUUUGA